AUGGCGCAAAAAGUAGCAUACGUAACAGGUGGGAUGGGGGGCAUAGGCACGGCCAUAUGUCAGCGUUUGUUUCAAGAUGGCUUUAAAGUUAUUGCUGGCUGCGGGCCCAGCAGAGACUACGCCAAAUGGCUGGGAGAGCAAAAAGACCAAGGCUUUACUUUUUACGCCUCAGUAGGCAAUGUGGCCGAUUGGGACUCCACCGUCGAAGCUUUUGCCAAGGCCAAGGCCGAACAUGGCAGCAUCGAUGUACUGGUCAACAAUGCAGGCAUCACCAAAGACCGCAUGUUUUUGAAAAUGACGCGCGAAGACUGGGACACCGUCAUUGAAACCAAUCUCAAUAGCAUGUUUAACGUCACCAAGCAAGUCGUGGCCGAUAUGGUAGAAAAAAACUGGGGGCGUAUCAUCAACAUCUCCAGCGUAAAUGGCGAAAAAGGCCAAGCUGGCCAAACCAAUUACUCAGCAGCAAAAGCCGGCAUGCACGGCUUUACCAUGGCUUUGGCUCAGGAACUGGCUGGCAAGGGCGUUACCGUCAAUACCGUCAGCCCCGGCUAUAUAGGCACAGACAUGGUCAAGGCUAUAAGACCUGAUGUGCUGGAAAAAAUUGUAGCCACUGUUCCCGUAAAACGCCUGGGCGAACCCAGCGAAAUCGCCUCCAUUAUCGCCUGGUUAGCAGGCCCUGAGAGCGGCUACUCCACA